AUGGUGGUCUGUGAUCCUGAUGUCAAAUAUCAAACACUCAUCGCUCAAACUCGCAAUAGCCACAAGUUUACCUAUUUUGGACUUUUCGGCUACUUCUCGAAUUCGGUGGUCAUAGCGGCUGACCGGUACCUGAAGAUCUCCCGGCCCCUGCAGUAUCUUCGGCUAGCGACACCCAGACGUUGCAUCGUGCUGAUUGGUGCGUCCUGGUGCCUGUCUCUGCUCAUCGGACUUUCCGUUUUCCUCACCGCCAUAUUGAAUUUGGAAACCGACAGCCAACAAUUCUACAGCAGUUUCAUGCAGGAGGAAGGUUUUCGAAUCCCAAUGGUCGUCAUGUUGGAUCUGACCAUCUUCCCCAGCAUGAUCGCGGUAACUUUUCUGAUAGCUUCUCUCGUUCGCAUCGCUAGGCAACAGCGGCGCAAGAUACGGGAUGAAAUGCUGAUGCUAAAGCAUCUUCAAGAUCGUGUGCAGCAGACGGAGCAGGAAGGCAACGAUGAAAACGCGCCGCAGCCUCCACCGAACCACUCGGCCAACAAAACCACCGUGUACUUCAUCGUACACUUCUCUGCAUUUGUCGUGGCUUGGUUACCGGCUAGUGUAGCCAUAAACAUUGCAAUUCUCAGUGACCUGACUUCAGCCGUUCUCGACCCUCUCAUUACCGCAAGUUCCAUUAUUGCCGUGUUUGACACCUUCUACGGCACCAUGUUCCUGGCCUAUGCGCAGCCGGAGCACCGACAGGCAGCAAGGAAUAACUUGAAGAGGGUGAAACGACUCGUCUGUGAUCGUUAA